AUGGCUGAGCACUUUAAGGAAGUGAGUAGAUGUCCCAUCUGCCUGGAGCAUCUUGAAAAACCAGUGUACCUGAAGUGUGGGUACGUCUGCUGCCUGCACUGCACCACGUCACUGCAGAAGGAGCCCCGCGGGGAGGGCUUGCUGUGCCCCUCCUGCCCCGUGGUCUCUCAGAAGAACGACGUCAGGCCCAAUCGGCAGCUGGGGGGGCUGGUUUCCAGGGUCAGGGACCUGGAGCCCCACCUGAGAGCCGCUCUCCAGAUGAACCCGAGGAUGCUGAAGUUCCAAGUGGAUAUGACCUUGGACGUUGACACAGCCAAUGAAUUCCUCAUCAUUUCUGAUGACCUGAGGAGUGUUCGGUGUGGGACUAUCAAACAGAAGCUGAAAGACUCUGCUGAGAGAUUCAGCUACUCAAUUUGCGUCCUGGGCUCCCUUCAAUUCACCUCUGGCCGCCAUUACUGGGAGGUUGAUGUGGGAACCAACAAAGACUGGGAUCUGGGCGUUUGCAAAGAAUCUGUUCUCCGACUAGGGGAGAUCCGACUCUCUCCGAAUGCUGGAUUCUGGACACUGAGCUUGAGAAACGGAAGCUACCUUUGGGCCUGCACCACACCUCCGACUGCCGUCUGGGUCACUCCUCGUUUACACCACGUGGGGAUUUUCCUGGACAUGGAUAUUGGAAGCAUUUCCUUUUUCAAUAUUAGCGAUGGAUCCCAUAUCUUUACAUUUACCAGAAUUUCAACUGCUGUGCCCCUGCGCCCUUUCUUUUCUCCUUCAAGUGCAAGAAAUGGUGAUAAAGACACCCUGAGAAUCUGCUCCUUAAUGAAUCCGAGAAUCCCAUUCUUCACCACAACUCAAGAUAGACCAGUAAACCCAAGAUAAUGAAAAUCAUUUAUUAGGAUGGAACAUGGGACUGUAUAACAUAGUGUACCCUCUUCAGGGUGAAAAUGUUCUAGAAUUGAUUAUGGUGAUGAAUGCACAACUCUGAAUUUACUAGAAGACAUUGCACACUUUAGAUGGAUUG